CUGAUUGCUGUCUGUCAUUUGUAUUUCGCUACGCUCGAUUUCGUUGCUGUUUUCGGCAGACUGUAAAUGCGAAAAGAUUGAUUUCUUCAAGAUGUAAACAUUUCAAAAUUUUCUCACUAUCGAUCAAUUUUAAUUUGCUAAAGUGUACAGAUGUUUCUUCAAGAUGCCUCCAGUCAAUUCUAAAGUGAAAAAAAGUGGCGCAGAGUACGAGAACAUCAUAGCGAAUAAGAGUAAUGCAUUGGAUUUUGAAAAAUACAUCCAAGACAACAAAACUCUUCUGCUUAAUGACCCGCUCCGUGACAUACUGCUUUAUCCUUCUGACGAUGUUUCUAGUGUUGUGCUCCCUCGUCGUUGGAGAACAGUGACUACAGCAGUACCAGACGUGCGCACCGCAGCGUCAUGCCCACUGCUUACCAGACAAGCCUUGCUCAGUUACGCUUCUAGUUGGAAUCUCAUACAUUACAAAUACAGCAGCUACUCGGGAACUUAUCUCAAUUUGCCAAGACCGCUAGAAUGUAAAUUUCCGGAAGAAGUAUAUUAUAUAGACGAUGAGUCCGAAACGGAGCAGGAGAAUCAGGCUGCCAAAGUGGACCUCGGCACCAAAGAGGGAUACUUGCUCAAGGGGCCGGAGAUAGGUUCGGACAGACUUUUCGGAAAUCUGGCUUCAAAAUCUUUCAAGAAACGUUAUUGCUCAAUGGUUAGAGAGGCCGGCGGCACCUACAUACUCGAAGUGUACAAGGAUGACAAGAAGACCGACACAAAGCUCACCAUUGUUAUGGACUUCUGCUCGAAUGUUGUUAGAAAUCCGAAACGCGGCAAGUUUUGCUUCGAACUACGCAUGUCUGCCGGCAAAGGGUACACGUUUUCAGCCGAUAAUGAGGAAGAGAUGAACGAAUGGAUAAACGCUUUCAAUGCGGCUCUACGCAAAAACCAAGAUAAUCAAGAGACACAUCAAAGUGAUGAAACGUUGGAUAAAGAUGCCGACGUAUCGCUGACAGCGGAGCCACCGCCCCCUACAUACGGCACGCUGAAGGGUCUCGAACACAGCAUGAAUCCGCUGCUCAUACGGUACUCGCGCGAGACCGACAUGUCCAUAGCAGCCGCUCGGAACGAGUGUCGAUUCAAUAUAUUCACAUUGCCAUACAAAAGAACGCCAUCGCCAGAACCUCAGCUGGAACCAUUCAAAGAACACUUCGGCCAAAGAAUAUUGCUCAAAUGCGAAAGUUUAAAGUUUAGGUUACAAGCGCCCAUAGACGGCGAUAAAGAGCUUUUAUGUCAAGUGGAGCCUUAUUACACGUAUCUCGCUUUGUACGACGCUAGGAGCGGCAGGAAGCUGACGGAGAAUUUUCAUUUCGAUGUCAAUCACGACGCAGUGAAGGAUCUAGUCAAGGACAAUGAGUGCACAAAGUCAUUAGUUGAAAAUUUUAGUUAUGAUAUUAAGUUAGAUGUUAAACAGAUAUCGGACGAGUGGUUCAGAUCGAAGAAACAGGUAAUUUUAUCCGUAAACAAUUCUCAUCCUGACAUAUUUUUGGUGGUGAAAAUUGACAAAAUUCUACAAGGUCAUGUUAGUCAAGUGUUGGAGCCGUAUAUGAAAGCAACCAAGGACCCGCGACUGGGACUCAAAGUUCACAAAACUGUGCAAGCUUAUGGAAACAGAGUUGGGGCCUAUAGAAUGCCAUUUGCCUGGACUGCGAAACCAUUAUAUAGAAUGUACAGUAACGAUUUAGACACGUCUCCGGAGUUUCCUGCUAUCUACCGACAAGAACCAAACAAAAUGUCAGACGAUGAUCUCUUAAAGAUUUUGUCGGAUUAUCGCAAACCGGAGAAACUAGCGAAACUAACUGUGAUACCCGGCUGGCUCAGUAUUAAUGUACAUCAAACCAGCGAACAAAUACCCAAUUGUAUGACUAGUGCCUACGCUGCAUUAAAACCUUUCCCACUGCCUCCAACAUCACCGCUUACUUUAGAACUGGCUACACUAAACCUGGAACCAGACCAGCCAUACGCCGCCUAUAUCCAUCACUUAUACGUACGACCUUUGUUAUUGAACUUUGAAUCUCAAAAAGUAUUUGCUAGAGCGAGAAAUAUAGCGUGCUCCAUAGAACUAAGGGACAGCGAUACUGGCGAUAAUAAACCUUUGCAAGUUGUUUACGGUCGCUGUGGUAUGACAACUCAAUAUCGCUGCUCGGUUCUACAUCAUAAUGCCAACCCGACGUGGAGUGAUGAAGCAAAAAUCAGACUGCCGGCUACGAUCACACCACAACAUCAUCUCCUGUUCACAUUCCAUCACAUAUCUUGCGACUUGGCGAAAAAAAAUGAUGCCAAUGUGGAGACAUGUAUUGGUUACGCCUGGGUCCCGCUGAUGAAAAACGACAAAUUCGUAGAAGAGAUAGUGAACUUGCCAAUCGCAACGCAUUUGCCUUCCGGCUAUUUAUCCAUUCAACCAUUAGGUCUUGGGAAGGGUAACACUGGCCCCGACGUGGUGUGGGUAGAAGGAGAAAAGCAACUUUUCAAAUGCCAUUUAGUGCUGGAUUCCACCGUCGCCACGAGGGACUUCCACCUGCACAACCUGUUCAGUCAAGCGGAGAAGUUGAUAAGGUCGAGCUCUCCGCCGACGUCGCCGUCGCCGCCCCCCUGGAACGACGUGUGUAACGCGUUGAAAGCUGCGCACGCGAUCAAGUUGAGUUCGCUGGUCGGUUUCUUGCCAACUAUACUAAACCAACUAUUUGAGCUAAUGACUGUUGAAAAAAGCUACACGUCAGACAUGGGCUAUCAAAUAGUCAAAUUGAUAGUACAUUUUGUUCACAUGAUCCAUGAUUACGGAAGAAAAGAUUUGUUGGACAGUUAUGUGAAGUAUGUUUUCAACUGCGUGGAAUACAAACUUCACACAGUACUGACAGCGCCUCUUCACAUAUUUGUGGAUCCAAAUCAACAGGACUUUUUGUUAGGCCAUAAGUUCAUGCAGUAUUCCGGUUUUUUCUUCGACAUUAUUAUCAAAAGUAUGGCGCAGUACUUAAUUAACACAGGAAGGAUAAAGAUGUCAAGGAACGAAAGAUUCCACUCCGAUCUCUUAGAAAAUAUUGACAAAUUAGUAUCAGUCGUAGAGCCAUCGUAUAUACUGCAACAGCCAAUACAGACACACGUUUUCAAUAAAAAUCUCGCCCUAUUCCUCAAGUCUUGCCUUUCGUUUAUGGAUCGAGGUUUCAUAUUUAGACAAAUUAAAAAAUAUUUGGACAAAUUCAAGGCGUGCGAUCCCAAAGCGCUGUUUGACUUUAAAUUUACGUUCCUACAAACUAUUUGCUAUCAUGAACAUUUCGUUCCGUUCAAUUUGCCGUUACAAGCGAACAAACUCGCUAAAGAUUGUGAUGAAGAUCCUGCAAAAUUGAAAUUGACUGACGAAUUUGUUAUGAGACAUUUUCUCGCUGGCAUUUUAUUGAAACAGGUGGAGCAGUCGCUGCGCGAGGCACCCCAGAAGCGCCGCGUGGCGCUGGCGGCGGUGCGCGCGCUGCUGUGCAAGCACGAGCACGACGACCGCUACCGCGCCCGCCAGUGCCGCGCGCGCCUCGCCCAGCUCUACGCGCCCUGGCUCUGCAUCGUGCUCGACAAUGCCCACCGAUUGGUGACGAAAAAUCUCGCCAGUCCGGUCAUAGAGAACGGCCAUGACAAAGUAGACGGUGAUGCUACCGCCAACCCAGUUUUAAACAGCACGCAGAAAGAGGCUGCCUCUGCAAACAGCACGCCGCGGAGGAAUCGACUAACACUGCAUUUCGACCAUACGCCUGUCAGAAACUCUACGCAUUUUAAGGAACCACCGAAUUUACAAAACAGCGGCAUGUACGGGAAAGACCAAGCCAACAAUAUGUCACAGAGCUCUCUUGAAUCAGUGUCUACAAUGUCAGGAGGAGAUUCCCUCCCAAGGAAUAUGGGACGUUUAGAUUUAAGCGAAAUCGGAGACCAAGUUAACAGAUUCGGUGUGAUGUCCGCGGAGGAGGUGCGGGAUGUGCUUUUAUGUUUCCUGUUUGUGUUGAAAUAUUUAGAUGAAGAAAGAUUAGUGGAUUGGUGGCGAACUCAGUCACAGGCACAACAACAAUCGUUUUUCAAUGUUUUGGAAAUAUGUGCAGAACAAUUUCAGUACGUUGGUAGAAAAAAGAUUUUGUCCGAGCUAAAAGCCACUACACCGGACUGCAAUGGUAAGCCGAAACCGGUCAAAGCAAGGACUCUACCUGCGCGGAUGAGCCCACCGGAUUUUUCCAAAGAACCACCAAUAGUUGUGGAGAAAAAUAACACUGUUAACAGAGAAAAUCUAGUGAAUACUACAGUUACUUCAGAAACUGAGGCCAUGGCAGAACACACAGUGGUUUCUGCUGGUUGCCUAGCAACGGAAGUUGGACUGAUCAUAAUAGAUCGGGCUUGUUUGUUCAUGAAGAACUUUGGUGCGGCUGAUGGUAUUGCUGCAAAACCUUAUUUGAAGUUGCUGCAAUACCCGCAAAGUGAAACAUUGUACAAACACCUCUUUGCGGCGUUGAGAGCUUAUAUAAACCAAUUUUCUGAAACAUUAUUUGAAGGCGGCGGCGCGCUGUGCGCCGGCGUGGUGUGCGCGGUGGUGCGGCUGUGCGAGGCGCGCGCGGCGUGGCUGCGGCGCGAGGCGGCCGCCGCGCUCUACCUGCUCAUGCGCGCCAACUUCCAGCACGCCACCCGCCAGGACCUCACCCGCGUGCACCUGCAGGUCAUCAUGGCUGUAUCGAAACUACUCGACAAUUCCACCGCACUUAACUGCAAACGUUUUCAAGAAUCUCUCUCAGUCAUCAAUUGUUUCGCAACUGGUGACAAGGCUAUGAAAGGCACUGGUUUGUCGAGCGAGGUGGCAGAAUUGAUGCGUCGUGUUCGUACCGUAGUCGGAGCUCGCGCAAGACUAGCAGGCGUAGGAGGAACAGGAGUAUCAGGGGCGGGCAGCGUGCAGCUGGCGGAGCUGCAGCACGCGCUGGCGGCGUCGUGCCGCGCCACGCCGCGCCUGCGCCACGCCUGGCUCGCCACGCUCGCCGACCACAACGCGCGCCACCACGACCACGACGAGGCUAUGUGCUGUCAGCUACACAUAGCAGCACUUAUAGCAGAGUACCUGAAAAUACGCGGCGCGCAGUCGUGGGGCGCGGACGCGUUUGCCGAGAUAUCCAUGAACAUUCCGAAAGAUGAGACUGGAUUGAAAAUCGAUGAAGGAAUGGCGGACGUUCAUUACAAUGAGCAAGCGUUGUUAGACCAGUUAAUGAUAUGUGCAGAAUACGUCGACAAAGCGGAACGGUAUGAACUCCUGGGUCCGCUCUAUAGGCUCAUAAUACCAAUAUACGAAACUAGGAAAGACUACCAAGCACUGCUCGCGUGCUACCAACAUCUAACUAAGGCCUACGCUAAAGUAAUUGAAGUCACGAAUUCGGGGAAACGCAUGCUAGGCAGAUUUUAUAGAGUGGCUUUCUUCGGAAAAGCUCAUUUCGGCGAAGACGAAGAAGGAGUGGAAUUUAUUUAUAAAGAACCCAAAUUGACGUCACUGAGCGAAAUUUCCGAGAAGCUGCAGACGUUUUACGAACAAAAAUUCGGCGCUGGUUUCGUCAAGAUGAUUAUGGAUUCGGCACCGGUGAACCGGUCCGAGCUGGACAGCAAGCUGGCGUAUAUCCAAGUGACAUGGGUCCGCGCGGCGCCUGAGGGCGCAGGCGCAUCUCCGCCGGCCAGCUCGGGCGCGGACGGCGCCUUCCACCGCGUGCACAACGUGCGCCGCUUCGUGUUCGAGACGCCCUUCACUCGCGACGGCGCCGCGCGCGGGCCCGUGCACCACCAGCGGCUGCGGCUCACACAUCUCACCGCUGAAAAUUGGUUCCCUUAUGUGAAACGUCGCGUGCCAGUCAUCGACACGCAAGUCGAGGAGAAAAGUCCGAUAGAAGUGGCCGUGUCGGAAAUGGAGAGCCAAGUCGCCGAACUGGCUGAGAUCGUCAAUGCUAAGGCCCCAGAUUUGAAGAAGUUACAGCUUCGGUUGCAAGGAAGCGUGUGCGUGCAGGUAAAUGCCGGUCCACUCGCAUACGCCAAUGCGUUUUUGGAUCCAACGUUGGCACCAAUGUAUCCAGACGAUAUGGUGGAUAAAUUGAAGGCAAUAUUUAAGGAAUUUUUGACAGUCUGUCAUUCCGCUCUGCAGUUGAAUGCUAAACUCAUCAGUUCCGACCAGACAUCUUACCAUGAGGCGUUGGAGAGUAACUACUACAAGCUAAGCGACUCUCUGUCGAAAGUCCUGGGUCAGCCUUUACACGACAUACUCAUGAACGGUAAUCUGAGUACGACCGUCACUGGAGUCGAACUUGAGUCAAGCAAUGCUUAAUGUAUGUACCCGAACUAUGGCACGUAAAAAACGGCUCUAUGUAAUGACUUGUAGGUAAUUCCAAAUGUUAAAAUAAAACGAGCAAUCUAGAUUUUGAUAUUCUAGAGCACAAUUCCGGCUUAAAAACCAUGGAAACAAAAAAUACAAUUACUUCAUACACUCCUGCCACUUGCUAUUCUCUAGCAUGUAUUUACAAAAUUAUUCAUUUGUUCACAAUUAACUUUCCGAAUCUAUUGUCAAUAAUUGGUAUGCUACGUCGAAUAGCGGUGGAGUGUCUCUAGAUGCCCUUGCCCAGAAAAACUAUAAUCCAACUGUUACUCACGCUAUGCAGUAUGACUCGAUUGUCAGCUCCACUAUACAAUUAUUCGUCUUCAAUUAUAUUCCUAUUUAAGUAUUAAACGAAAUAUACAAUUACUAUUAUAUUCACACUAUAAAAAGUCGCGUUUCGACUAUAUCUUAGUAAAGUAUUAAAAUUUGACAUGACAAACUCUAAAGGAUAGAUCGUAAGCAUAGUUUACGUUCGUAGAAGUUUGUCGUUAUUUGAGCUGCAGCGCAAAAAUCAUCGAACUAUUGUUAUAUACUAGUUAUUGUAGAUGAUUACGUGUUUUGCAUCGCUGUAUUUCGAUAAUCACACUAAGUUCAGGUUGUUUCAUUUGCGGUCAGGUUAAGUUAAGGUUAUUAUCACACUGGCAAUUUACAGCGAGGCGCGUUCGUCAAUUGUAAUAAUACCGUCAACUAUACUUGAUCUGGUAUGAAACAACAGGAGUUUAAUGAUAAAUAUAAUAUGAUUUGAUUUGAUAGCUACAAAACAACUUAAAUACUAACAAAAACCAGACUGAUUUAAAAGAUAGCUAGAAGAUUCUAAGUAGGCCAUUGUCUUAAAGAUAUUAAAGCCUAAUUUGUUACUUGACACGACAAGGCAUUUCCUAUGUUGACUUUGGAGUAUGACCAAACGCAAUAGAAAUAAAUAUGCUGCAAAAGUAACAUUAAAAUUUAACUAAAUUAAGCCAGUCAUGGAAUAUUACAAUUAUGCCAAGAAAAUGAGCAGGUUGUGGCAGUGUGGCCGUCUCGCUUGAAUAUCGAUCUCCACAACCAGUAGUAACAUUUUGAAAUUAACAGCUAUGUAAUUACAGUCAGUCCCAAGUAAAUAUAUAUACCAUAAACACCUAAUGGAUGAAUAACAAAGUUAUUAAGAUGGAAUCUAACAUUGACUUCGGAAUGAUUGACAGAUUCCUCUGCCUCAAGGUUUUAAAAGUGUGUAACUUAUUUAUUUAAUAAUACAAAGUCAACAAAGUUCCAACCUAUGUGAAAGACUGAGGACUCAAACUUAAAAUACAGUAAAACAUUCAAAUAUUCAUAAUCAUUUCAUAAACCAAUGAUUUGUUCUUAUAUUGUAGGAUCAGUUUUUGAUGUGCUAAAGCUACGUUCGGAGCCAUAAUUCACUGACUUCGUAACUAGGCACUACUUGACGUGUGUGGCCUUCUUUACAUUAAGAACCACCGUGUGCGUCCUAAAGAUGUAUGUUGUUUCCAAUGUGCUGUUGAAUCGUCAAUUACAACAUAUUACAAACAGACCAUUAUUGAAUGAGAAAGGAUCUGAACAAAUGCACCAGUGCCAUGACUGCUUUUUAUGCUUUAUUUUUACUCGUAAUUGUGAUGAAACUUAGUCGACACUUGGAAUUUUUCUACAGAUGUAAAAAGAUCUCCCUAUUAAAAAUAAGCACAAAGUUAUGAACUAAGACAACAAAACAAACAAGUUUAAAUGCAGAAAUAAACAAGCCUGUAAACAACUAGACAUUGUUAGUUGCCAUACAUAUUCCAAUGCAUAGCUUAUAAGGUCUUCGUCCAUUCAUACCUUAAGUAGUUGACGUAUAGUUCCUUAUUUAUGUAUAUAUUAUAUCUUUGACAUAUUAUACGAUUUCGCCACUUACUAAAAUACUAAAUUUGCAAAAAUCAAUUCAAGAAUGCCCGUUGCGCAUAUAAUUGGCAUGCGAGAAUAAAUAUUUCAAAUGAAAACUAAAUGAGUAGACACUAAGUAUGUCUAUUCAUAAUUUAUACUCCCCAGAAUUACCAUACCUUUAGGUUUAGAAUUCAAUAAAACAGCCAUUGAUAAUUAUAAUAUUUUAUCAUAUAAUUUCAAGCAAAUUAUAUCUCUGACGGAACCACGAAGUCAUUAAAUUAUUCUAAAAAUGUAUCCGAAUAAUAAUAAUUAUACUUUCGCAAUUCUUACAAAAUUCCAAUCUAAUUUAUUUGUAUUUUCAAUGCAAUACGCAUUAGUUGACUAUCUAGUAAUACUAUUUUUAUUUCUAUAUCGGGACCUGAAUCCGUACUUGACUAUUAAUUUAUUUCACAUUUAUUUACUAAUAAAUGUAAAAAUCAUACAUUGUAUAAAACGUAUUUUGUGUAUGCUAUAUUUAUUAUUCAUGUGUAGUUAUUCAGUUGAAUUAUUUUUUUUAUUUAAUUUAUACUGAGAAAAUUUUAUUGUGCAGUGUUACACAUAUUUAAUUUAUUUUGUUAAUAAUCUUAAGACUCGCUACAGCUAUAAAAAUACAUGCACAAACAAGUUUUCUAAUGGCUUUUAAUUUACUAUUUAAUCCCAUUAAUUGCUUAUUUACUGCAACGCAACCCGUUUAUCGUUAAUAAGUGUGCUUUUUCAAUGUAUUCGUGGAUCUUUAAUUAAUUUACUCAAUCGGUAUUUACAUCGAAUCAUUAUUUAUUAAAAUGUAAGUAAGAAAAUUUUAUUUGAAUGUAUGUUGGUACUUUUGUAUUAACAAGCCGCGGGUAAUUUUUUUACUUCUUAAAGUAAAGAUUUCCUGUAUGGUGAGCAUUAAACACUGUUAAUAAGUUUAUUUUUCAUGAAAAUAUUAUUUAUGCAAAAUGAUAAUAACUUUUCAAAAAGUAUGAAACUCUAAAAUAAUGUGAGUCAAUGUUAGAGAAAAAGUUGUUACUAAACAUGAAAACACAGUAUUGUGUAAAAGAUUUAAUUAUAAAAUUAUAAAUGGACAACUUUUACUGCUGACUGUACCUUCCUAUACGUUUUGAAUAUUUCUGAUAUGUAUAUUGUUUAUUAAUGGAUAAAUAUUAAAAAUAAUAAUGGUUAUUUUACUCACGUUAUUAAACAAUAUAUUGUGUUAGAAAUAUAAUAUAAGGAUGUUUAAAACUCCAUUUGUCAUUCUUUAUAAAUAUUUCAUUCCACUGCUUAUGCUAAUAAUCUUAUGGUUAAAGGAAGUUAAAUUUUAACAUUUAUUUUAUGCUAUUUUUAUUAUUUACUCAAAACUAUAAUCAAGGUUUAAAUUAAUGUAAAGUUGUAAAUUUUGUAAACAGUUCAUUCAAAUUGGAUAAAUAUUGUUUUAGUUAAUUUAAUUUAUUCUGCAAGAUGUACUUACAAAGUACUAUUUAAUUUUGUUUUAUUUGAUUAUAAUUUAAUUUAGUCCUAGUACACUUCUCCAAAGUACUUUUAAAUUUGUAAUUGUAAUUAUUUCUUGAUAAAAACACAAUACAAUUAUUCGUUUAUUACCGGCUGUGUCGUACCCAUUUAUGUUAUUUUAAUAGGUACUAUAAAUUAGUCAAAAUUAUGUAACAAAAUUGUCGUACAUAUUAUCUUUAAUGAUUGUUAUAAAAUUUUGCACGAUAUUUGAAAUAAGCAAAACUUUUAAUAUGUAUCUUUUACUGAAUUGUAACCUCAACUUCACUGUUUUAUUACAUUUUAUAAAAAUA